GGCUACUUCGAGGGUGGAUUGUUGGAACGCUCUCUGAAGAGUCCUUGGGGUUAGUCAUAGGUCUCGAUACUGCUUAUGCAGUUUGGGAGGCACUCAAGGAAGCCUAUGCCAAAGAUUCACAAGAACGUGAAUUUACUUUGAGGCAGCAACUUACGUAUCUACGUAAGGAUGACAAUGUCUCAAUUGGCGAUCAUAUUCGGAAAUUCAAGUCAUUAUGUGAUAAUUUGGCUGCAAUCGGUAAGCCAAUGGCUGAUCAGGAGAAGGUCUACUGUCUUCUAACUAGUCUUGGGCCAGAUUAUGAAACUUUCACCACAACUAUGUUGAAGCCACCUAGACCAUCGUAUACGGAGAUGAUCUCGCAACUCCAGAAUCUUGAUCAACGGUGAAUGUGGUUCAGUGCUUCCCAGCCGACGCACCUGGCAUUUUACAGCACUUCUUCUUACAACAAUAAUCAAGGGCGCAGUCGAAGCAACGUGAAUUUCUCUUCAGCCGGUAGAGGUUUUCAGGCGCAGCAACGUGGGAGCAAGGCUGAUGGAGGCGCGCCUGAGUCGCAGCAAACACAGCGGAGGACGUUACCACCUGGUCUUCGUCGUAUGAUACCUGAAGAAAGGGAACUGUACCGCAAUGAAAUCUGUCAGGUAUGUAAUAAACAGGGACACAUUGCGAAGAUCUGUUGGUGGGUGAUUAGUGCUGCUGAUCAGUCGGCAAAGCUUCCACAAGCCUUGGCAGCCCUGACCUUGGAUAACACAAUUACGGACACCGAUUGGACUGCUGACUCAGCAGCUACUGACCAUAUGGCUGCAAAUCAAGGAUCGAAAGACAGGGAAGGUAAUUUUGGAGGGCCCAAAGAAGGAUGAUCUAUAUAUACUUCCUAAUCGGCGUGCAACGGCGAAUUUCUCUCAACGAUUUCGAUCGUGCAGUGCUGAUAUAUGGCAUCAAAGGCUUGG